CGACAGAUAUUCCUUUAAAGGCAAAUUAAAGCUGUGGGUUGACUGACUGCUAGACGUCCCAGAGGAUCCAGUCGAUGCACCAAAAUACCUUCCGAGGGGACGUAAAAACACUAUCGCAACAGUUACGAACGAAGAAAAGAGAUAACGAUAACUGGGUGCCAAGAAGACCACUCCUCCUCUUUUCCAAGAGGACUAGGAGUACUCCGUCUUAGGAACCACUGCUGUUGCAGGCAGUCGUCUGCAGAGGUUACUGUAUGAAGCUUUUAAGGCCUUUUUGAUUGAUCGGCCACUCGAUGGGGAUUCACAGAGGAGCUCUCACCUGUGUCGCCUCCUGCCCUCCGCCCUGCCGCCUGCCCUCCCUCUUCUGCACCUCCUCCACACACAUCAUGAAACUGGUAUUAACUGAAUGGCAAUUGAUAUGGAUUUUUACUGAUUCUAGUAGACAGUAAACCAACUAACACAGAUAGGGAGGAAAAGCCAUCUCAUUUUCACACGUCCUUCUUCACACUAAAUGAACCUGCCUGUGGGGUUCUGAGCUGCCGGAGUUGACAGCCCACCCUGAAAAACAACCCAAUGCCUCCUUAAGGAACACACAAGGAAUGUAUUGUAUGCUUUAAGAGAUGAUUCUUUCUUCCUGAUAACGACAUUCGAGGACAUCGACAGCAGAGGGAGCUACUUUGAGGACGAGCUCACACCUGUCACCGCCAGUGUAUGAAUACAGAGCUAUUUUUUUAUUUAGUUUUGAAUCUAUUUUUUUUUCUGGAGCCUGAAGGGUUGUGCGUUUGGCUGUGUGCAUGCCGAAGAAGAAGAAAAUGGCUCCCCAGAACUCUGAGGCCGAUGCUAUGCAAGUGCAGGGGGUAAUGGUGGUCCCCGCUGCUAAGAAAACCACCACAGGUUCUGCCUCCACAGGAGACGGAGGAGCAGGAGGAGGUUUGGUGCUGGAGUCAUGCCAGGAGGAGUCGGUGAGCGAGGGGUCUAUAGACCGGAUCCCGCUGCGCCAGUGGGUGAUGCACGGAGCCGUCAUGUUCGGACGAGAGUUCUGCUACGCCAUGGAAACAGCCCUGGUUACGCCUGUACUGCUGCAAAUAGGUCUUCCAGAACAGUAUUACAGCCUGACAUGGUUCCUGAGCCCCAUCCUGGGCCUGAUCUUCACACCUCUGAUUGGCUCAGCCAGCGAUCGCUGCACCCUGAAAUGGGGCCGGCGACGCCCUUUCAUCCUGGCCCUGUGUGUGGGCGUGCUGUUCGGAGUGGCACUCUUCCUCAACGGGUCACUCAUAGGUCUUGCCGUCGGCGACGUGCCAAAUAACCAGCCCAUAGGGAUCGUUCUGACGGUGCUCGGAGUGGUGGUGCUGGACUUCAGUGCAGACGCAACAGAGGGUCCCAUAAGGGCCUACCUACUAGAUGUGGCAGACACUGAAGAACAAGACAUGGCCCUCAACAUCCACGCCUUCUCCUCUGGUUGUGGGGGAGCGGUGGGCUACGCGCUGGGCGGUCUGGACUGGACCCACACCUUCCUGGGCUCAAUCUUCAAGUCCCAGGAGCAGAUCCUCUUCUUCUUCGCUGCCAUCUUGUUCACCAUCUCGGUGGCUCUGCAUCUGUUCAGCAUCGAGGAGCAGCGGUAUAGCCCCCAGCAGGACCGGCUGGACGAGGAGGCUGACGCCGCCUCCUCCACUAGGGGGCGAGGACGGGCGCUCAUUCGCGACAUUAACAUGGACUUCCUGGAUGUGGAGAUGGUGAGGUCCAAGUCUGACUCUGUGCUGCAAAUGGCCGAUGCAACAUUAGAUCACCUGGACCACGAGGCUCUGUUCCUGCGCCAUAUCGAGCCCUCCAUCUUCGCCGACCACCUGUCAUCCUACCACGGCUCUCCACCACGCCGCAGCAGCAGCACAGGCAGCCAGGACCUCCUCAAAACCUCCAAGAUCUGCCGGCUGUCCCAGUUUCUGCAGGAGCAGGACCGCGACAAGGAGGAGGAGCUGCUCAACAACCAGGUCAACGAGCAGAAGACGCCCAACGGCCGGGCGCAUGCCAACGGCUUGGGCCAGGGCACCAACGGGCACGCCCGCUCAGUCAUGAAGAACUCGGCCAGCACCAACGCCUCCACGCGGCACCGCCGCCACAUCUUCUACCGCCAGCCGUCCUGCACCUUCUCCUACUACGGCCGCGUGGGCUCCCACCGUUACCGCUACCGGCGAGCCAACGCCGCGCUGCUCAUCAAGUCCUCGCGCAGCUUGAACGACAUCUACGAGGUGCAGCGGAGACAGAAGAGGAGACAGCAGAACCCCAGAGCGCGACACCAGUCAGGCAACACCAACUCCAGUGGGGACACAGAGAGUGAGGAGGGGGAGACGGAGACCACGGUCAGGCUGCUGUGGCUGUCCAUGCUGAAGAUGCCUCCAGAGCUGAUGAGGCUGUGUGUCUGUCAUCUCCUCACCUGGUUUUCCAUCAUAGCUGAGGCCGUCUUCUACACUGACUUCAUGGGCCAGGUCAUCUACCACGGAGACCCCACGGCUCCUGCUAACUCCACGGAACUGCAGAACUACCACAAAGGAGUUCAGAUGGGCUGCUGGGGGCUGGUCAUCUACGCCCUGACAGCUGCCUCCUGCUCAGCCGUACUACAGAAGUACCUGGACAACUUUGACCUGAGCAUCAAGGUCAUCUACGUCUUGGGUACUCUGGGCUUCUCCAUCGGUACAGCUGUCAUGGCCAUCUUCCCCAAUGUCUACGUCUCCAUGGUGAUGAUCAGCAGCAUGGGCAUCAUCUCCAUGAGCAUCUCCUACUGCCCUUAUGCCCUCCUGGGACAAUACCAUGAGAUGAAAGAGUACAUCCACCAGCCCGGGAAUUCCAAGCGGGGUUUCGGCAUCGACUGUGCCAUCCUGUCGUGCCAGGUGUACAUCUCCCAGAUCCUGGUGGCGUCGGCGCUGGGUGCAGCAGUGGACGCCACGGGUAGUGUGCAGGUCAUCCCCAUGGUGGCGUCCGGCGGCUCCUUCCUGGGUUUCCUCACCGCCUGGUUCCUGGUCAUCUACCCAAGUCACGGCGACGCGGAGGCCAAGGGCGAGCAGAAGGCUCUAACAGGGCCCGUGUCCGAUAACAGCGUCACGGAGAAACCCAGUGUUCUAAAACUGUCAAAGAAAGGUGCCACCACUACGUGUAAAGUGCAGUGCGAGUCCACUCUGUAAUUUGAUGUGAUCGCCAAUUAACUGGAAAGGUCGGAGCUUACUGUAACCAUAGCAAUGCAACGAUCAUCAAAAAAUAAAAACCGACAUUCCUUUUUUUACAACCGGGCCGUUGCCACCCAAUAAUCUGCUGAUGGCAUGGGCUUGACCGACCUCUUUCUCAAAGACACACAUGGGCCAUGAUGUGUUAAGGUUUUGAUUUGUAUUUCAUUUAAUUUGGGGCCUGUCUCUCGCUCGUCACGGUCUAAGGACUGUGGUGUGGCGAGGAGAGGACAGGCGUCUCUCCCUCUCAGGGCCACCAGGGGCCGCGAUCGAGGCGGUCCAACUGGACAGGACAGAUCAGGGGACGGUGGAUACACAUGAGACCGACGUUCACGCGCUGAGCUGGGAUCUCUGGAAAAAGACAUGCACUUCACUCUCACUUCCAUUCAAGGGUCAAGAUGAAGGAAAAGACGAAGAGUCUCUAAGAAAUAUUAUAUUCUUCUAAUAAGUGAAACAUUUGAAAAUGCAGAAAAUUGCUCUUUUGAUUGAACAUGAUUAUUUAGUUUACUUUCCUCUAUAUAUUUUUGACAUUAUGUUGCAGAAGGACAUUGUUAUCACCAAAUGGGCCAGGCCCGGUAUCAUUUACAGGGUUGAUGUAUUACUUUUUGGACUUAAAAGGUUUUUAGUAGCUUUAAGAGGAAACUGCACAUGUAUAAGGAGGUGAUUUCUCAGUUAGGAGAGGAGGGGGAGGAAGGCAUUGUUUGGUAAAUCAAUCAGUUGUCCUAAUUAUUGAAUUUCUAACUGUUAUGACAUACUAAAUUGUAAUAGGACCAGUUACACCAUGUGUCAAACUCAUUCCACACAGAGCCGAGUGUCUGCUGGUUUUCGCUCCUUCCUCGUACUUGAUUGAUACAUUUAGGUCACUAAUUAGUAAAGAACUCCCCCUCACCUGGUUGUCUAGGUCUAAAUUGAAAGGGAGAACUAAAAACGCCAGACACUCGACCCUCCGUGGAAUGAGUUUUACACACCUGAGUUACACUAUAUCAACUGUACACAAGCAUUUACCAAACUCGCUCCUGGGGACCACAAGGGGUGCCCGUUUUGGUUUUUGACCUAGCACUACACAGCUGAUUCAAAUAAUGAAUUCAUCAUCAGGCUUUGAUUAUUUGAAUCAGCUGUGUAGUG